AUGGGUUAUGAAUACUUGGACCAUCCAGCGGAUGUUAUAUUACAUUCUUGGGGUGCCGAUAUCAAUGGGGCUUUAAUAAGUGCGGUUGAAGGGAUGUUCAACUUUAUGAGUGAUUUAACACGAGUUGAAGAAAAAGACAAACGUGUUGUUCAAGUGAAUGCAAAAAGUUACGAAGAGCUUUUAGUGAAAUUACUGGACGGGUGGCUCUGUAUUUUUUCCUCUGAACUAUUUUUGGCUAAGCGCUUUGUCUUCACACAGUUUGACGACUCCGAUGAAGACAACAUCACCAUCACCUGCGAAGGAUUCGGAGAGUUUUUUGUCGUUGGAAAACAUCAGCAAGGGACUGAGAUAAAGGCAAUUACUUGGCAUAACCUUGAGAUCUAUGAUGAUGUGAAGGAACAAACCCACAUCCAUAUUUUACUCGACAUUUGA